AUUCACAAACUUCACGUGUUCAAAUUAAAUAAAUAAAAAAUAAAACAAUAAUUAUAAAAAUUAAAAAAUGGUUAUUGCAAUUGGUUUUGAAGGUAGUGCUAAUAAAUUAGCAAUUGGUAUUAUAAAUGACAACGAGGUAUUGUCAAAUGUACGUAAAACAUAUGUAACACCACCUGGUGAAGGUUUUUUACCAAGAGAAACAGCAAUUCAUCAUCGUACUUAUGUUUUAGAAAUAUUAAAAAAAGCAUUAAAUGAUGCUAAAUUAACAAUGAAAGAUAUAAAUGUUAUUUGUUAUACAAAAGGACCAGGUAUGGGUGGUCCAUUAUCAGCACUUGCUAUUGUUGCACGUACUGUUGCACAAAUAUAUAAUAAACCAAUUAUUGCUGUUAAUCAUUGUAUUGGACAUAUUGAAAUGGGAAGAUUAAUAACUGGUAGUAAAAAUCCAACAAUACUUUAUGUAUCUGGUGGUAAUACACAAAUAAUAGCAUAUUCAAGAAAUAAAUAUAGAAUAUUUGGUGAAACAAUUGAUAUUGCUGUUGGUAAUUGUCUUGAUAGAUUUGCAAGAUUACUUAUGUUAUCAAAUGAUCCAUCACCAGGUUAUAAUAUUGAACAAAUGGCUAAAAAAGGUAAAAAGCUAGCACCAUUACCAUAUACUGUCAAAGGAAUGGAUGUAUCAUUUUCUGGUAUAUUAUCAAAUAUUGAAGAACAUCUUGAUGAUUGGUUAAAUUGUAAAAAAUAUACAAAAGAAGAUUUAUGUUUUUCAUUACAAGAAACAACAUUUUCAAUGCUUAUUGAAAUAACUGAACGUGCAAUGGCACAUGUUGGAUCAAAUGAAGUAUUAAUUGUUGGUGGUGUUGGUUGUAAUUUACAUCUUCAAGAUAUGAUGAAAAUAAUGUGUGAAGAACGUGGUGCAAUUUUACAUGCAACUGAUGAACGUUUUUGUAUUGAUAAUGGUGUUAUGAUUGCUGUUGCUGGUUUAUUACAAUUUAAACAUGAUAAAUCAACACCAUUUGGUGAUACAACUUGUGUACAAAGAUAUCGUACUGAUGAUGUACAUGUUUCUUGGAGAGAUUAAAUAAUUAUUAUAUUUUUUUUUUUUUUUU